UUCACUAUAAAAUAACUUAACCCUUUGUUUUUGCCGGCGUUAGACAAUGGUCAUGAUCCACAUUAACAAAGUUCCGGCAGCGGUUGCCACAUCGGUGCUAUUUCUAGUGGUUGUGAUCGCUCCUCAGUGGACGAACGCACAGCCACUGCCGCCACUCCCGCCGAUGUCGCCACUGCCGCCACUCCCGCCAAUGUCGCCACUCCCGCCACUCCCGCCAAUGACGCCACUGCCGCCAAUGCCAAAGGUGGAUCCAGUGUGCACGGUAGCGGUCUCUGAUAUCCUCCAAAAUUGCUACUCAACGUUGAGUGCGUUGCCAUCGGAUGAAUGUUGCAAGAGUCUCAAGUCGGCGAGUGCGACACAGGUGACUUGUCUGUGCGACAAUUACAUCGCACAUCCUGUUUACAGCAACUGGACCCGACCUUACUACAACCAAAUCAGCACCGGAUGUGGUGUUCUUGACAAAUACGCCUGCAAUGGUACAAGUGAAGGAGGAGAUCCUAAAGGAGGAGACGGUAAAGGAGGAAAUGGUAACUCAGGAGCAAUGAACAAGAUUGCUGGAUCAAUGGGUCUAUUUGGUUUUGUUACAAUUUUGAUUUAA